AUGGCCCUGAAAGUAGAAGUUUAUCAGAAAGAAAAAGUCAAGCCAUGUUCACCAACUCCCCAAACCUUGAGAAACUACAAGCUUUCUCUCCUUGAUAUAUUAGUCUCGGUUUGUUAUUCCCCCAUGGUUUUCUUCUACGACUCCCGCGCCGGCGGCCACGAUUAUGAUGAGCUCAAGGACUCGCUCAUGAAGACACUGUCCGUCUUGUACCCACUCGCCGGAAGAAUUAAAGAUGGAUCCACCAUCGAAUGCAACGACGAGGGUGCGGAUUUUGUCCGAGCUAAUGUUACAAAUUGUGAUUUGGGUGAGUUUCUCCGGCACCCAAAACUCGAAGAUAUGCGACGGCUGCUCCCACUUGAUCUCUACCCAAAUGCUAUUGACUCCUCCCUGCCAAUGUUAGCUGUUCAGUUGAACAGGUUCCGGUGCGGCGGAACUGCGGUGGCGUUCUGCAUUUGGCACGGCCUGGCCGACGCCGGCGCGAUGAUUGGAUUAUUUAACACAUUGGCGGCAAUCAACCGCGGGGAAGGACCCAUUAAUCCCGGCGGUCUCAUCGUGGACACGCCUCCGCAAUUUUCAGGCCGGGGAACCUCGUCAGCUCCCCGGAACGAUUAUUAUCACCCAUCGGAGCACCACCGCCGUCCGUCUCGGGUGGUGGCAUUGUCGGCGUUCAUAUGGGCUGCGGUGAUACGGGCAAUUCUACCGUCGAACCCAAACCUCAAGACGCAUUUGCUGACAAAUGCGGUGAACUUGCGAAACAAGUUGAACCCGCCACUUCCUUCGCAGUGCCUAGGCAACAUCAACCAAUCAGUGGCCGCUCGGUGGGAAUCGGAAGCUGACGGGGGUGGAAGAGUUACUGCCGGGUUUCUUAUAGGAAGAGUAGCGGAAGCCAUUGACAAGGUUACCGACGACUACUUGAGGGAAAUGCACAUAGAGGGUGGGUAUCUCAAAGCCAUAUUAGGCUUUUCAAAGGCCACACUAUCGGAUGAGAUUAAGGCUUUAAAUAUUCUGUGUAAUAUUCCGUUUUCUCAAAUUGAUUUUGGGUGGGGCAAGCCUAUAUGGAUUGGCUUGGGUCAUACACGGGAGAACUUGGCUAUGUUCUUGGAUGUGGAAGACGGGGGAAUAGAGGUGUGGAUUGGGUUGGCACAAGAAGUAAUGUGCAAUUUAGACAAGGAUAUGAAAUUUAAUGCUUAUGUGUCUUUUUCUCAAAUCUUUUCCUAA